GCGCAUUGGCGUAUCGGAGAUCUUAGUAUCGCUCUUAUGAAGAUGGGGAUGGGUUGUAGAUGUAAUGUGGCGGUAAUCUAGUAGGUAGAUAUAAAGAGGCGAAAGACCGCCAUCUGCUCUUUGAACAAUGCAGUGCCUUGUCAUUUAUAAACACCUACAUAUAUCAUUCUAAUUCAAGCUGAGAAUUUCUCCCUUGCUAAUAAGCCGCAAUAUCCACACAUUCUACAUACCAGUUCACACGUACAUACACACCACAACAAUGGCGCCAAAAGUCCUCGUCGUGUUGACGUCCUUCGGACAUAUCGAAGCAGCCAACAAGCCAACAGGCUGGUACCUUCCUGAACUUUCCCAUCCAUAUGACGUCCUGAGCAACAACGGCGUAGAAAUCGUGACCGCUUCGCCAAAGGGCGGGAAAGCGCCUCUCGAUCCGGCGUCGGUGGAGAUGUUCAAAGGCGACGCUAGCGCGCAGGCGUUCGUGAACGAGAAGAAGGCGGUAUGGGAACAGACACAAGUCCUCUCGGCCUUCAAGGGUCGCGCCGACGAGUUCGCAGCGCUGUUCUACCCCGGCGGCCAUGGCCCCAUGUUCGACCUCGUCGACGACGCGGACAGUAUUGCUGUCAUCGAGGAAUUCGCCGCCAAGGGCAAGGUCGUUGCCGCCGUGUGCCACGGACCCGUCGUAUUCGUCAAUGCGAAGAGGGCCGAUGGAAACCCGCUCCUUGCCGAGAGGGAUGUCACGGGGUUUAGUAAUGCUGAGGAAGACGCUGUCGACAUGUCGAAGUAUAUGCCGUUCCUGCUGGAGGAUAGGAUCAAGGCUGUCGGGGGCAAUUACAAGAAGGCUGAUCAGCCCUGGGGUGAGCUCGUGCUUGUCCAGGAUGGCGGAAAGCUUAUCACGGGACAGAAUCCUGCUAGUGCGAAGGGGGUUGGCGAGGCUAUUCUGAAGGCCAUCGGUGCAUGAAUGGGGGAUGUUGGUAGGGAUGACUGAGCGGCGAUAACUGUAUACUAAUCACGCAAAAGGCCCGGCCGGACUGUACUAAUUCUCUAUUUUAAUAAUCUCUAACACAUGUUUCGUUACGAUCAUAAUGUC